AAUCACUGACACGCGAACACGAGCAUCACAGUAUUUGAUUGGUGGAAGGCCGUGCUUUUCAGCCAAUCGCUGCACAUGUCAUUGGAUAGCGAGGGAUUUUACUUGCAUUGGACUGACAGUGUGUUCAAGGUUAUUUCUGCUCUGGGAGAACAAGCUGCAGGACCAUGGGUGUGUUGUCCACUCUGAUGCGGGGUCUGGUGAGAGGAGCGGACCGGAUGUCUGAGUUCACCAGCAAGCGCGGAUCGAGGACUCAUAAUAAAGGCAGGGGCGCGAAGCCCACUGGACUGAAGCUCUCCAGCAGAAAGUUUAUCUCCAUAAGAGCCAUGAUCCCUGAGUUUGUGGUGCCGCAGCUGGAGGGGUUCAAACUCAAACCCUAUGUGUCAUAUCGCACAUCCAGAGGAACAGAGGCUCCGAUCACAGCACAAAGUGUGUUUGCUGAGGUGGUGGCCCCCAAGAUCAAGAGAGACUUUGAAGACGGCACUUUCAGCAAGGAGCAGCUGGAGAAAUAUGGAUUUGAGCCCACACAGGAAAGGAAGCUCUUCAAGCUGUAUCCCAAGAACUUUGUGCAUUAAAACAUGCGCUCACUCUGUAAAGUAUUUACAAGGAAAGACACAGACUUCUGUGUAAGUUAAUUUGCAGACCAACUGUUGUGAGGAGACUCAUCACACACAGGCCUGUAUCUUAUGUUCAGAAAACGAGUUUCAUACAAGUGGUUGACUGUUCUGUUACUUAAGAGACCAAGCAAAAUAAAACAUGAAGGGGUACGUGCCAUGUGA